AGGCUCUAUGUGUACACAACUGUGCAAUGACUCCAAGCGGGUUAAUUUUACAUUGAUGCAAGUUUCCCAUGUUAUUUCGGCAUUAUAUAACUGAGUGUCUAGUGUCAAGGAAAAAUGGAAAAGUUAAUUUUUCCCUGGCCAUCACAGCAGAAUUACGUUUUAUAAUGAUAUCAAUAUUUGAAAUAUGUGUAAAGCUUCUGCACUUUCCACUGAAAAUGAAGAAAGAAAGACGUGCGAGGUAUGAUAGAAACAGGUUGAAAUUUGUCUCCUCUUGAUGAAUAUCAGGCAGCCUCUAGUAAAGAUUGUCAAAUCAAGCUUGAGCGAUUCGUGACAUCUUCCACGUAGACAUCGUAUGUUGAAGAAUAGUGGUGUGGAUAAAUGGAAAAAUUGAAAAAGGAAAGCAAAAAUUCAACCCAUAUCAGAGGUGUUCUUCACUACUUUAAUUUCGCCAAAAAAUUUGAUGACGCAAAGGAGCCGAUUUAGCGCCAAUGCUGAAUUACAUUGUUUUCCAUAUUUCAUAGAGGUUACUCCCUGGAAAAUCCGAUUUUUCGCUUAAAUAAAACAUGUCAUAAUGUAACCCCAUAAAAAAGAAAAGAAAAGUGAGUAUGGAGACUUUGGCAGUAAGAUAAGAAUCACAUCAUAAGUUUAUUCUGCUUGUAUACGUAUAAGUUCGAGGAUGUCAGCGACGAAAAAUCUAGCGAGUAACUAUAUUUGUUUAGAGCAGAGUUCACAAAGCUUGUAAGAUCCACAUAGGUUGUCCAAAUUAACAUCUAGAGAGUUAACACAGUGGGGAGUCUCAAAGGUCAGUUUUAAAAUAAACAGCUAUUUAAAUUGUAUCGUAUCAGAUACAGUAUCUAAAAUUUUGCAAGUAUGACAACUUGAAUGUGCAUGAAAUUCAACGGCACAGAAAAAUGAGAGUGAAAUUUGCCAAGAAUACCGACAUUGGCUAUGCAGACGGAACUGAAAUCAGCCUUACACUUUGGUUCAUUUUCGGACUCAGAAUUUUUUUCUUCACAGGUUCUGCCGCUUCUCACAGCAUUAGAAAAAGAAUUCUUCAGCGCUUAGGCCGAGAUAAUUACUUCGGUGGUAAGUCCGGAUGAACAGAUCAUGUAUAUUGAUCGAGUCAGCACAAAAAUUUGAUAAGUUGAACUGAGGCGAAAUCUACUGUACCACUGUCCAAUUAUCUUGUCCUUCAUAUUUAAUCGUGAUUUAGUUUUUUCCUUUUCUUUAGAAACAAAAAACAAAAAAAAAACAAAACAAAACAAGAGAAUCACAGAGUCCACAGAAGGGCCGAACACCAACAUGACUAGUCAUGAUGAGGAAACCUUUACUGGGAAUUCAGUUUUUUGGAGCUACAGCGUGAUCAUGUUCCUCAUUCUUUUAUUCGGUUUCUUUGGUAAUCUGUUCACCAUAAUAGUCCUUCGACACCGGGAACACCGCAAGAAAAGUAUCACUCCAUUAAUGAUGAACCUGGCCGUAGCAGAUCUCAUGAUUGUCGUGUUUGGCUACCCAGCAGUCAUCAGCAAUAACAUGCAAGGUCAAAUGAUGCGUACGGGAGGACCUCUUUGUAUUUGGUCCGGGUUUAUCAACGGUAUAACGGGAAUUACAUCCAUCGGUACUCUAACAGCAAUGAGCGGUGUAGUGUAUCAAACUAUCAAGAGAAACAACCCAAAUUACUCCAUUCCUAACAGACAAAACUUAGUCCUCAUCAUGGGCGCAUGGCUGUAUGGAUUUGUCGCCUUGCUUCCUCCUUUGAUAGGAUGGAACCGGUUUGUGCCCGGUAAGGCCGGUCUUAGCUGUGCACCUGAUUGGACGACUCAGGACCUUGUGAGCACUGUGUAUAUCGUUCUGUUAGUCGCCGGUGGUUUCUUUAUACCGUUUAUAAUGAUAACAACGUUCCUUACCAUGACUCACAGAUUGCUUAGACGCUUUCCUGUGCCCUUGGAUCCUUUCAUCCUCGCACAACGCAGAAGAUACCAACAAAGAACAGUGUUAAUGAUCAUAGCAACCAUGGUGGCCUUCUUAUUGAGCUGGUCACCGUAUUGCAUCGUUAGCUUCACGGCAACUAUCAAAGGACACCAUGUACUCACAUCAGGUGAGGCAGAAAUCCCUGAACUCAUGGCUAAGGCCUCUGUUGUCUACAAUCCAAUCAUUUAUAUCAUUAUGAAUGAAAGAUUUCGGCGGACACUCGUACGAAUUAUCAUCGGUAACAACAGGCCGAGAGUGGCUCCGGAUGAAGCAACAGAUCAUAACUUUAUCAUCUCAGCGCCAAGAAACUUUGGGAGAGAAAAUAAUCUGGUUAUUACAACCACAGCAGAGAUAUGAGCUAACACUAGUAGUAAUCAUUGAUUAUGAAGUGCGUACGUGGUAUAGAUUAAAAGUGUUCUUUGGUUUUCGUUCUAACGCAGGCUUUACACGAAUCAGGAACGAAUGGUUGGGUACCCAUUACGCGGUUUGAGGUAAACUAGUUAAAACCAGAGGGAAACGUCUGCAGAGUAGUUGAAGGCUAUAUGGAAAAUAUUGUUCAGUAAAGAGACAGAUGAUGUUAGGAGCUGAACUGACAGGACUUUAUUGAUAUUACAGAGAAGAACGUUUAACGGCUGCUGUAUACCUUUUAACUGGAACGAGGUUUUCGUUUAAACUGUUAAGAAACGGCUCUUUCUCUAAAGGCGAGGUAGACAUGAACUUCCAAGGGAAAGAUCGGCGUGAAAUGGUUUACUUUUCCUGAAAGAACACAAUCCGUUUGUAAUAAUUUUCCUAAUGUUCCAGAUGCAACGCAAACUAAUGGAUAAUGGAUAUUGGAUAAAAGUUCCAGUUAAACCGCCUUCAAUCUACUUCCAGUUGAACUACUUGGCACAAGGUGCGCGAUUGUCAUUUUCGCAUCGGAAUGAGACGUAGACAAAACAAGAUAAAUUAUUCAAGAUGGCGCAGAAAAUGCAGACGUACGACGAAAAUGAGUACCACAUGUACAAAAGGUCAUCCUUGAGUACUACAGGAAUCCCAACCGUAUACCACAGGAAUCCCAACUGUAUACCAGAGGAAUCCUAAGAUUAUGGGUUGCGUUCUCCUAGCGUGAAACGCAAUAAAUGUGAAUAGAUAAUGUGCGCAUUGCUUGACGGUGAGCCUUAGCUCUUGCACAUGAAUUCGAGGCUCACAGUUAAACACCAGAAUCUUUUUAAACAGAUUUUUUCAUCAAGGGCCAUUGUAUAGCUAAAAUCUCUCAUAUUAUUCAGUUUUAAACUGAGAAGCAAAUCAUAGAACAGGUCUGAAAAUUUUGCCUUCUCUCUUCCUGAAAAAAAAAGAAUGGAAAAUUGUCCCAUUCGUGUAAGCUUUGAAUUGUUAUACUUAAAAGGAACUUCCAGCAUAGAAACAGGAAAUAUAAAGUCUUUCAAGUUGAGUUAUUAAGAAUACAAAGCUUUGAAUCAGGCCAAAACAGGCCUUAAAUGUUCCUUGCCAAUGUCUGUUUCGAAAAUACAAUAAAAAGAUAGGUCACCGUGCUUGUUUAGGAGAUAUAACAAGCCAAACUUA